AUGGAAAAUCCCAUGUCAUAUACUUUUAUCACGGAUAAACAAAAGGGCCUAGGGAUUGCCAUAGCUGAUUUGAUGUCGGGAGCAGAGCAUAGACAUUGCGUUAGACAUUUGUACAAUAAUUUCAAGUGCAAGAAUCCUGGUAAAGGACUCAAGCAGACUUUAUGGAAUGCAGCAAGGUUCACCACACAUAUAUGGUUCAAUAGAAACAUGGAAGCAAUGGAGAAGCAAUCAGAUGGGGUUGGGAAAUGGUUUGAAGACAAGCCAUCAGAACAGUGGAGUAGUUCACAUUUUAGAACCACUUCUAAAUGUGACAUCCUCCUAAAAAAUUUAUGUGAAUUGUGGAAUGCUUCUCUAGUUAGGCAUAGGGAUAAACUGAUUUUGACCAUGAUGGAAGGGAUGAGGAUGGAUUCCAUGACAAGAAUGGCUAACAAAAGGGUUGCCGGCACAAGACGGACCAAUAUGGUUGGCCCUCGAAUUGCAAAAGUUAUUGAGAAGAUUGGCAAAAGAACUCAUGAAUAUAGAGCACACAUGUCUGGGGAGUUUUUGUACCAAGUGAUUGGAGGCAUGUACGGGAACAAGCAUGCUGUUGACUUAGGCAUGCACACAUGCACAUGCAGGAGGUGGCAAUUAAGUGGAAUUCCUUGUGUCCAUGCAACAUGUGCUAUAUUUGCAAAGAAACUGGAACCUAGCCUAUUUGUGGACAAUUAUUUGUUACCCUCUACUUAUCUUGAUGCAUAUAAUCCUAUCAUCUACCCUAUUGCUGGAGAUGAUGAUUGGGAGCUGGUGGACUACCCAAUUGCUCCUCCACCAUACAAGAAACAAGCAGGGAGGCCUAAAAUGAAGAGAAUCAAAGAACCUGGAGAGGGAAAAGCAUCACCUGCCCCUGAUGCAAGCAAGAUGUCUAGAAACCUUUAUGGAACAAAGAUGACCUACAAGAGAGGUUGCCCAACAAUUAAGAAUGAAUCUCAACGGGGUGAAGGAAGCUCUAAGGGCAACAAAACACCAAAGAAGCAGCAGAUUUGCCCUUUUGAAACUGAUGGUCUUUGUGUGCUUUUGCAUCUUUGGUUUGGUGGGUUGUGA